GCUGUCAAGUACAGCAGAGGUUGGAGGAGAGAGGGUUUGCGAAUUGCACGCAAAAAAACUGCAUGAACUAGCUGCUGGCAUGUUUUUGAUAAGAAUUGUAGUGUGGCGUACUCCUUGCAGGUAGGCUACUGUCAAAGUCGUGCUCGUGUUUGUUAAUUCCACAUUAAUUAUUGUUGUUGCUGUGUUACUAGUUGCCAUAGCUCAGAGAGGUACUAUAAUUAACCAAAGGCAUGAAUCAUGUGUGGCUUUUAUAGGCAUACCGUGCAAGCUAUGAAACAAGAUAACUAUGAGCUCUCCAGGUCUUAUAAAGAUUUAAUGUAUGGAGAGUAUAACAUAAUUGCGUUGUUGUUAAAGCUAAAGCCGUAAAACUACACCUUACAAGUCCAGUUACCUUUUUUUUUUGAAAGGUUGGAGAUUGAGUAUGUAAUUUAUGUACGCCAGUCCAUUUUAAAUUUUAUGAGGGCAUAUCAAGUUUCCGUCUCAUUGCUGUUGAGGUCAUGCCAAAUAAUUCGGCUGGCUGGCUGGAUGGACAUCGUUAGCCAGGAAAAAAAUGCACAGCAUUUGUCUGUAUUGGAGUUGUUGGGUGUUUCAAGUUCCGUGGCUUUGCCUGUGACCUUUUAAUAAUGUAUUGUUUGUUUAAUUAAUCGGUUUCGCAAUGACUCAAGGGUAUAUAGAAGCUAUAGGCGCUUACACUUGAUAGGAUACAUGUGCUUGAUAUUACAAAAACGGUGUUAGAACUACUGUGUAGUACAUUGGCAAUGUUACAUUCUCUUAAACCCACAGAACAGCCCAGAGACAAUCUAACAAGUGUUUGGUUCUAAACCCGGUGUGAGAAUGACCCUGCAGAAUGGGCUGGUGUUACCUGCUGCCAAAAACUGUUCCCAUGCAGUCGCAGUAGCUAGCACAGCAGACUACAACAACAGGAACACCCUGAGAUGGGACCUGACCCCAGACCAGAUCAAGAACAUGACAGAGAGCCUGGUCCAGAGGAUCAAACAGGUCUACGAUGACAUCGGAUCUCUGGAUGUAGAACAAGUGUCCAUUAAAAACACCUUAAAAGCCCUGGCCAAUGCCAAAUUAGAAUAUGCAGCACAGCGCCAUGUUUUGGAUUUUCCCCAAUACGUGUCUGCUUGUAAGGAGGUGCGCUCAGCGAGCACAGAAGCAGACAAGAAGCUGUCUGACUUUGAUGUGGAGACAAGUAUGAGGGAAGAUGUGUUUCACAGAGUGAUUGCCUUGCAGGAGAAGCAGCUGGACAAUCUAACGCCUGAGGCCAAGAGAUUCUUAGACCGUCUUAUCACAUUAGGGAAGAGGAAUGGAUUGCACUUGUCAAAGGAUAUACAGGAGGAAGUCAAAAGAUUGUCAAAACUCAUCAAUGAACUCUCAAUCGACUUCAACCAAAAUCUAAAUGAGGAAAACACGUAUCUAAUAUUCAGUGAAAAUGAACUAAGUGGCCUAGCGGAUAGCUAUCUGAAUGGUCUGGAGAAGACUGAGGACAGGCGGUACAAGGUAUCCUUGGCAUACCCUCACUACUACCCUCUGAUGAAGAGGUGCCACAUGGCUGAGACCAGGAGGAAGAUGGAGACUGCUUUCCAUAGCAGAUGUAAGGAGGUAAACACAGUCAUUCUGGAGAAGCUGAUUGAGCUGAGGUCAAAGGUGGCACAGCUACUGGGUUUCAGUACCCACGCCAACUGUGUGCUUGAGAUGAACAUGGCCAAGAAUACCAACAAUGUGGCAUGCUUUCUAGAUGAGUUCUAUGCUAAACUGAAGCCGGUGGGAAUCAAGGAAAGGAAGUAUAUCCUGGCCCUGAAGAAGAGGGACUGUGCCAUGCGGGGAAAGGCCUUCGAUGGACAGAUCAACGCCUGGGACCUGCCCUACUACAUGAACCAGGUGGAGCAAGUGAAGUUUGCUGUAGACAAGGACAAGCUGAUUGAGUACUUCUCUCUGGAGGUGGUGACAGAGGGGUUGCUCAGUAUCUACCAGGAACUGCUUGGCCUUAACUUUAAGCAGGUAACCAGCGCCCACGUGUGGCACGACAACGUCAGCCUCUACUCUGUACUGGACACGGCCACUGGGGAGGAGAUCGGCCGGUUCUACUUGGACCUGCAUCCCAGAGAAGGGAAGUACGGUCAUGCUGCCUGCUUUGGGCUCCAGCCGGGCUGCCUGGGGCCUGAUGGGAAACGUAUGCUGCCGGUUGCGGCCAUGGUGGCCAACUUCACCAAGCCUACGAAAGGUUGGCCCUCUCUGCUGCAGCACCACGAGGUGGAGACCUUCUUCCAUGAGUUUGGCCACGUCAUGCACGAGCUCUGCUCUAGGACGACGUUCUCAGAGUUCAGUGGGACCCUGGUGGAGACAGACUUUGUGGAGGUGCCAUCUCAGAUGCUGGAGAACUGGGUAUGGGAGAAGGAGCCCCUGAGGAGGAUGUCUCGCCACUACAAAGACGGCAGCCCCAUCCCCGACAACCUGCUCAACAAACUCAUCGCCUCCAGAGUCGCCAACACAGGUCUGAUGAACCUGCGUCAGGUAGUGCUCAGUAAAGUGGACCAGACUCUGCACACCAAGUCCCAUGCCGACACUGCCGAGGUGUUCGCCAAGCACUGCCAAGACAUCCUGGGGAUCCCCGCUACUCCAGGUACAAAUAUGACAGCUAGUUUUAGUCACUUGGCUGGGGGCUACGAUGGCCAGUACUAUGGCUACCUGUGGAGCGAGGUCUAUUCCAUGGACCUCUUCUUCAGUCGUUUCAAAAAGGAAGGAAUCAUGAACCCCAAGGUGGGGAAGGAGUACAGGAGGGUGAUUCUGGAGGCUGGUGGUUCUGUGGAUGGAAGGGACAUGCUGAAGACCUUCCUGGGUCGUGAACCUUGCCAGGAUGCCUUCUUUCAAUGCAAGGGAUUGGCUAAAACUGAGGGAACACUGAAUGGUUGUCACUGACUCCCUCUCACUCCACAUUAAAGGGAUAUUUGGGCAAAGAGGCUCUUUAUCUACUUCCUCAAAGUCA